AUGCAGGUUCUCAACCACCUGCCUAUGGUGGUGGAGGUCACCUUCUUGCCCAGAGACCCCGGUUGGAAUGAGACAAACAGGGCCUCAGACCUUCUAUUUGGCCGGGUUCUUCAGAGUCUGGAAACUCCGCCGCGGCUGAGAAGCCUCCCCCAACACACCCAGCACCAGCGUAUUUCUUUUGGGAAAGGGGCGGGGGCGCCUCCGCGCCCUUAUAUCUGCCCCCUGCGGGCGAGGAAGAGGAAGAAGAGGAGGAGGAAGAGGAGUGCGCGGCGGUCCCAGAGGAGCUGCAGCUGUGCCCGUGGCAAGAGCGCGCCCGCCUGGCGGAGGAGAGGAGACAGGCAGCCCGCUUUCCGCUUUGGCUCUCCGGGAAGGACGCGGAGGAAGAGACGGCUGGCUGAGCAGAGCCGCACAGCUUUUUUACACCACAGAUCUCCUAUUUCCCUUUCCUCCACGAAGAAAAUGUGGAAUCUGGAACACAUCCGCUUGAUUUGCAUCUGUUUGCUUUGCCUCAUUUUCACGGAGGAAAGUAAAACGGAACCAGGAAAAUAUUCGGAAACCUACUGCAUGUUUCAAGCUAAGAAGUAUCAAAUAGGACAAAGAUGGAACCCUUACCUUGAACCCCAUGGACUUGUUCCCUGCCUCGAGUGUCGCUGCACAGAGGGAGGGAACGUGCUGUGUAUGAAAGUCAAGUGUGCAACCUUGCGAUGUUCCAACCAAGUAUUUGAACCCACAAAAUGCUGUCCAAAGUGUCCAGAUCCAUCCGUUGCUUCAAACAUCACAACAGGCAAGGCCUGCAAUUACAACGAUACCAUUUACCAACAUGGGGAGAUGUUCAGCAUGGAAGGAGUCUUCAAAGGCAAACAACCCAAUCAGUGUUGGCAGUGCAUUUGUUCUGAAGGAAAGGUAUACUGUGGCUUGAAGACCUGUCCCAAUUUAACGUGCACUUCUCCAGUGUCCACGUCUGACUCUUGCUGUCCAGUUUGCAAAGAUGAAGAGUCCCUGAGGGUCCUGGGCGGUGACCUCCUUCGUCAGCCGGCCAUCCGUGGAGCUAGACAUUCUCCUCCCUCCCAGCCUGAGACCUCAACCAGCAAUCCUAGGCUGCCCACCAUCAACCCACAAUCCCGUACGGGAAGAGCUAACCACAGACCUCUGCCAAAUAUUACACAAAGUUUAGGUACCUUUGUAUGGACCCUCAUUAACAACCGACAGGAAGUUGGACAAGUGUGCAUUUCAAAUGGAAAAACCUACUCACAGGGAGAAAUCUGGCAUCCCGUGCUCCGGCUCCAUGGUACUGUGGAAUGUGUCUUAUGUACUUGCAAGGGCACUAAGCCAGAAUGUAAAACAAUCCAGUGUCCCUAUCACUAUCCCUGCGAACACCCGAAGAAAAUUAAAGGGCAAUGCUGCAAAGUUUGCCCAGAAGAUAUUGAAAGCCAGCUCCCUGACAAUUUCUGUGGUGAGGAGACAUUUCCAGUUUACGAAGGCAUUCUUGACUCUUUUGAAGGAACCGUCCAAAAAAUAGCCUUGGAAAAAAAUGAAACUUCAGAAGUGGAGAUCUACACAUGGACAACUAAGAGAGGUAUCCUGAUCAAAUCUCAUAACACCAUGCCCAUGGAGGAAUUCAGACAACUGUCAUAUUUCCAGCAGAUCACAAGGACGACUUUGAAUAAAUGGGAAAUAUUCAGCGAGGAAGCAGCGCAGGUCAAUCACUGUGAAAAUCGAGACUGCAGGACUGAACUGGAAGAACUGCUGAAAGUUUUGUACCUUGAGAAAUUGGAACAGGAGGGUUGCUGAAGGAAGGUCUGAAGAAGGAAACGGAGAGAAAAAAGAUGAAUCCGCAGCAGGAACUGCGGGCUUGUUUUGUUUGAUGGUACCCUGGAAAGAAAAGAAAGAAAGAAAGGAAAAGAGAGACAGAGAGGGAGAAGAAAGAAGAAAAGUAUUCAUCUCAUGCCCAGCAUAUCUUGCUGCUCUGUGCCUAAAUCUGUGCUAGUCCUUUUAAUAUCGCUACUUCAGAAAUGGUGGCUCUUUGUCAGUGGUGGGAUUCAAAUAAUUUAACAACCGGUUCUCUGCCCUAAUGAUC